AAUGUCGUGCAAAGAAAUGAAUUAUCGAGGACAACAGCGAAGGGCGGUGGCUGCUUAGUGGUUAACACUGAAAAACACCUUUGUUAGCUCUCACCAUUUCCCAUUUGGAUUCCCCACCCAAAUGCUUCCCCCAUAUUCCCUAUUUCGCUCUUCUUCAACUUUCUCAGGUUUCUCUCUCUCACCAAUUAUCCUUCUUUUCUUCUUUGCUCUAUUGUUCGCCACUUUCUUCUUCAUUACGAUUUUCUGCACAUGCUCUUUUCAUCAAAUCAUCUCACUGAGCUUGCGCAUUGUUGGUGUUGUGAUUCCUAGUAACUAGCUUUACUUUGUGGUAUUGGAAGAAAGAAUUCUGGGUAAAUUGAAAGUUUGAAUCUUUUAGGCCUCUACAUUUCCUCCAUACAUUUACCUAUAUAUCCCAACUUUGAAGUUUGGAUACCAUAAAAAUCGAAAUGGCAACUUGUGUGUCAACAUAUUUUGCACCUUGUAGUACUAGGAAUUCAGCAAGGGUGCUCUCUGUUAAUGGAGGAAGAAAAUUGCCAGAGAAUUACCUUGGGAGAGCUUGUUCAAUGAAAAUGUAUGACCGUAAGAUUGGAUUUUCCAGAGGAAUAAAAAAAUCGGGUUUACUUCAAGUUAAGUGUUCUGCCAAUUCCCACAGUGUCAGUCGAUAUCAUAGCCAAGACCCUUUUCUGGAUUUACAUCCUGAGGUGUCAAUGCUUAGAGGAGAAGGGAGCAGUACAGUGAACAGCCCGAGAAAGGAUAGUUCGGGUGGGGAUUUAUCUGAGAGCUUAGGAGCUGAUCCUAUUCAAAGUAAUUACAAUGAAGCAAAGAUCAAAGUUAUUGGUGUUGGAGGUGGUGGGUCAAAUGCAGUCAAUCGCAUGAUAGAGAGUUCGAUGCACGGCGUAGAGUUUUGGAUUGUUAAUACUGAUGUUCAAGCCAUGAGAAUGUCGCCUGUCUUUCCUGAGAAUCGUUUGCAAAUUGGUCAAGAGCUUACACGAGGUCUUGGCGCUGGUGGUAACCCUGAGACCGGAAUGAAUGCUGCAAAAGAAAGCAAGGAGUCGAUAGAAGAGGCAGUCUAUGGAGCUGAUAUGGUUUUUGUUACCGCUGGAAUGGGUGGCGGUACAGGCACGGGUGGGGCUCCCAUUAUUGCUGGUAUUGCAAAGUCAAUGGGAAUACUGACAGUUGGUAUUGUCACCACUCCUUUCUCGUUUGAAGGAAGAAAGAGAGCUAUUCAAGCUCAAGAGGGAAUUACAGCCUUAAGAGAUAAUGUUGACACCCUUAUAGUUAUUCCAAAUGACAAGCUACUAACAGCAGUUUCUCAAUCGACCCCUGUAACGGAAGCAUUCAAUCUGGCUGAUGAUAUUCUUCGACAGGGAGUUCGUGGCAUAUCAGAUAUUAUUACGAUACCAGGUUUGGUGAAUGUAGAUUUUGCCGACGUUCGAGCUAUAAUGGCCAAUGCAGGUUCUUCACUAAUGGGGAUAGGAACUGCAACUGGAAAAACCAGGGCAAGAGAUGCUGCAUUAAAUGCUAUCCAGUCACCUUUAUUGGAUAUUGGUAUAGAGAGGGCUACUGGAAUUGUAUGGAACAUCACUGGCGGGAGUGAUCUGACCUUGUUUGAGGUAAAUGCUGCAGCAGAGGUUAUAUAUGACCUAGUGGACCCAACAGCUAAUUUAAUAUUUGGAGCAGUAAUAGAUCCUUCACUCAGUGGUCAAGUGAGCAUAACAUUAAUUGCAACUGGAUUCAAGCGUCAAGAGGAAAGUGAAGGGAGACCCCUACAAGCCAGUCAACUCACACAGGUAGAUACAAUCAGUAGCAUCAAUCGGCGAUCAUCCUCUUUCACUGAUGGUAGCUUGUUUGAGAUACCUGAAUUCCUAAAGAAGAAAGGACGCUCACGCUAUCCAAGGGCUUGAUACUCUUUCCCAAUUUCUGAAAUCGCUUGCAUGCCUUCACCAAUGUCCCAAAUUUUGCUUUAGGGAUAUAAUGACAUCGGUAUUAGGUCCCUCACUUGCUCUUCUUUAGCUUUUAGUCAGUUGUGUAUACAGUCUGUUCAUGAAGCUUAAUCACUUUCCAGACUCGUGCACCUAACUGGAGGUAUUGCAGCACUGAUGCUUUUCUUGGCUUAUUUGAAUAAGUUUUUUAGCUUGCAUUCUUGUACAGAGAAUAUUUCAGUAAUGCUGAAAAGCUUGUUAUAGUUCUUUGACUUGUUUCAUAACCAUGUGGCUUGUUAUAGAAAAUUAAUUAUUCUACGUCAAGGUAAUUAUGCUGUUAUAAUUUUUUUUAUCAUUUGUAACAUAUAUAUAGGUCCAGUUUAGGGAAUUUACUCAGUAAGUACUUGUACAAGAACAAAAUAAAAAGGUGAAAUAAAUCAAAAUGUUU